AUGGACAUCCGGAAUUUCUUUGGUGGCAAGUCGAGUCAAGGCUCCAACGACGCCGCUACGAAACCCGCAGCUAAAAAAGAGGACUCCUCUGCCACAAGAAAGAGACGCAGCAGAAAGAUUGUGGAUGACAGUGACGAAGAAGAUGUAGCACCAACCAAAGCGCCCGCUAUCAAAGCAAAGUCCAAAAGUCAAUCAAAGCCCGAAGAGACUAAAGAAGAACCUACAACUUCCUCCGACUAUUUCGCCUCCAAUAAGAAGAAACCACGGCCUACAAAACCAACUGAGCAAGUUCAGUCCGAUAAAGCCAAGAUUGUGGCCGAAAAUCCCAAACCCAAGAAGACUGCCGAAGAACCUGCGAACAAAGUACGAACCACCACUAAGGUAUCAACAAAGAAACCCACAAAGGUCCUUGAGGAUGAAAAUCUUGGCGCCGAUGACAUUUUUGCAACCGAAUAUGGAAAAGCCGGCAAAGGAGACGAUGAUUAUGUGGCUGAGGAUGAUAAUGACGAUGGCAGUGACUUCGAAAUGCUUGAGGUAAGGCCAGUCACUGCAGGAUUGAAGAAGGCACAGAAGAAGCAACCUUCUCGCGAUGACGAGGAUGACGUGGUCAUGGAAGAUCUCCCCAAAAUUCCUACCCCGAAGGCUCGACCUGGUCGCAAGCGCAAAUCGGAAGCUCUCAUCGACGAGGAUGAAGACGACUACCAAGAACCCAAAAAGGAAACGAAAAAGGCAGCUCCGAAAACCAAAGCCGCGGCAGCAUCAGCUGCGAAGAAGCAGAAGGCUAGCCCUAAAAAGGCCAAAAAGGAGGAAAAACCAGAGAGCAAAGAGCUCCAAGAUAUUUUCGACAGCAUUCCUACGAUUGACGCCCCAGAGCCUCCUGAGGGAGAGCCAAGGAAAUUCAAAUUUGGAGCACAACAAAGCCGGGAACCGGCAAUGGCUGGGACUAAGGAGAUGCCCGUUGGAGAAGAAAACUGCCUUGCUGGUUUGGCCUUUGUUUUCACCGGUAUUUUGGAAUCCCUGGGUCGUGAAGAGGGUGCGCAAUUGGUGAAGAAGUAUGGUGGCAAAGUCGUGGGGGCUCCUAGUUCUAAGACGAACUAUGUAGUUCUCGGAUCUGAUGCCGGCCCAAAGAAGCUUGAGACAAUUGCGAAGCACAAGAUCAAGACCAUCAACGAGGAUGGUCUCUUCGAAUUGAUUCGACGACUCCCUGCCAACGGCGGGGAUGGAAAGGCUGCCGAAAAGCAUGCCGAGAAAGUGAAAGCCGACGAGGCCAAGGUCCGUGCUAUGGCGGCCGAAAUUGAUGCAGAGGAGAAGAAACGAGAUGAGCAAAAACGAAAGACGGCCGCGGCUCAAGCAUCCAAGACCUCGGCCACCGGGUCUCAGACGCCACCAAGCUCACAGCCCGCAAUAUCUGGUGAUCUCUGGACCACGAAGUAUGCCCCAACAUCGACCAGUAUGAUCUGUGGCAAUAAGAGUGCUGUGGAAAAGAUUCAGACCUGGUUGCGGGACUGGCAUACCAAUGCCCAGGCCGAUUUCAAAAAAGGCGGCAAAGACGGCUCGGGGAUAUACCGUGCCGUCAUUAUUCACGGUCCUCCAGGAAUCGGCAAAACUACAGCAGCCCAUCUCGUGGCGAAGCUGGAAGGAUUCGAUAUCGUGGAGACCAAUGCCAGUGACACCAGAAGUAAGAAGCUUGUCGAGAGCUCUACCUUGGGUGUGCUAGAUACAACAUCAUUGCAAGGAUAUUUCGCCGGACAAGGCAAGCAAGUCGAUAGUGAAAAGAAAAAGCUCGUACUUAUCAUGGACGAGGUUGAUGGCAUGUCUGCCGGUGAUCGCGGAGGUGUGGGAGCUGUCGCAGCCAUUGUCAAGAAGACCAAGAUUCCGAUCAUCCUCAUCUGCAAUGAGCGAAAGCUUCCAAAGAUGAAACCUUUCGACUUCAUCACCUAUGACGUGCCAUUCAGACGCCCGACUGCUGAGCAAAUUCGGGCAAGACUGUCCACUAUCUGUUUCCGAGAAGGCCUUAAGAUUCCGCCUCCUGUACUCGACGGCCUCAUUGAGGGAACACAUGCCGAUAUCCGCCAGGUCAUCAACAUGCUUUCCACAGCAAGACUGGAUCAAAAGGGUCUUAAUUACGAUGAAGGGAAGCAAAUGUCAAAGUCGUGGGAGAAGAAUAUCAUUCUCAAGCCGUGGGAUAUUGUCAGCAAAAUUCUCAGCGCCCAGAUGUUUUCCCCGAGUUCCACUGCUACCCUGAAUGACAAGAUCGAGCUUUAUUUUAACGAUCAUGAGUUCAGCUACCUGAUGCUUCAGGAGAACUACCUCAGAACUAAACCUGCUCUUGUGGGCAAAUAUCAGGGCGAGGAACAGCGACUGAAAGCGCUUGAAUUGAUGGACAAUGCCGCUUCGAGUAUCAGCGAUGGCGACCUCGUCGACCGCAUGAUCCACGGCACCCAGCAGCAAUGGAGUCUUAUGCCCACUCAUGCGAUCUUCAGCUUUGUGCGGCCAGCCAGCUUCCAGUACGGAAACUUAAAUGGGCGGCCUGCAUUUACUAGCUGGCUGGGCAACAAUAGCAAACAUGGCAAACUCUCCCGAUACGUCAAGGAAAUACAGGGCCACAUGCGUCUUCGUACUACAGGUAAUCGCGACGAGAUCCGUCAACAGUACAUGCCCUUGCUCCAGGAGAAGAUGAUACGCCGAAUGAUGGACGAAGGCAAGGACUGUGUCGAGUCGGUCAUUGAUCUCAUGGAUGAAUACUAUCUCACUCGAGAGGACUUUGAUUCCAUGGUUGAACUAGGACUAGGCCCAAUGGACGAGUCUAAGAUCAAACUUGAGACACAGACGAAAGCUACCUUCACGCGUCUGUACAACUCGCGUUCGCACCCGAUGCCAUUCAUGAAGGCCAGCAAUGUUGUGGCACCCAAGGUGGGGAAGAAGGACAAGCCUGAUAUUGAAGAUGCCCUUGAAGCAUCCGACGAAGAAGAAGUUGUUGAAGAGAUCAAGGAUGAGGACGAAGAACUUGACCUGAAGAAGGACAAGUAUGUGAGCUUGCCUAAGAAAAAGAAGGCACCGGCCAAGGGCAAGAAGACGAAGAAGACCGAUGGUGACGUCGAUGCCGAUGAGGAAAAGCCGAAGAAAGCUCGUAAGAGUAGGGCCAAGGCCAAGGCUUGA